AUGAUUUACUCGACGGUAGUCUUCGUCUUUUUCUUUGCUCUUACUUGGGCCGCACCGCAGAAAAGGGGCGGAGGAAGACCUCGAGUCACUAUCAAUGCACCUCAAGCCAACCUAAGAGGCACAACGAAAGGCUUUCUCGGAGCCAAGGCCGGCGAAGUUGAAUCGUUCAAUGGGAUUCCCUUUGCCAAACCCCCCGUUGGGGAUUUGAGAUUCAAGCCGCCCGUACGCCUAACCGAAGCCAUGGGAGACGUUGAUGCUACCACGGAGCAACCGGAAUCAUGUCCGCAGUUCCUCAUCCAACCUGACUUUGGCUCGCCACUUAUCCCUCCAGACCUUCUCGACAAGGUCCUCAACCUCCCUAUCCUCAAGAACUUGGCCGUGGGACAGGAAGACUGUCUGUCUGUCAAUGUGCAACGACCCGCUGGAACGAGAAAGGAUGAUAAGCUCCCGGUAAUGUAUUGGAUCUUUGGCGGUGGGUUUGAACUAGGCAGCACGGCCAUGUACAAUGGAGCCGGGCUCGUCGCAGAAGGAAUGUCAACAGGCAAGCCAUUCGUCUUCGUGGCAGUCAACUACCGUGUCGGCGCCUGGGGCUUCAUGCCAGGCAAGGAUCUCAUGCAGGAGGGCAGCUCUAAUGCUGGUCUCCUAGACCAGCGAAUGGGACUCGAAUGGGUACAAGACAAUAUCGCCAGCUUCGGCGGCGAUCCAGACAAAGUCACUCUCUGGGGAGAAUCGGCCGGUGCUAUUUCAAUCUUCAGCCAAAUGUCACUCUAUAACGGUAACAUUACACGAAACGGCAAAGCUCUCUUCCGCGGCGCAAUAAUGAACUCUGGAUCUGCUGUUCCGACUGAUCCUAUGGACUCCCCGAAAGCCACAAAGGUCUAUGAAAAGAUUCUAUACGCUGCCGGUUGCGACGGGCAGGCUGAUCGUCUCCAAUGUUUACGAGAUCUCUCCUACGAUGACAUGAGGAAAGCCGCCAACUCGGUACCUGGCAUUCUGAGCUAUAGCUCAGUUGCUCUCUCCUACCUACCCAGACCAGACGGGAAGACCAUUGUAUCAAGCCCAGAGAUCUUUCUUACUUCCGGGAAAUUCCCCAAAGUCCCAUUUAUCAUUGGAGAUCAAGAAGAUGAAGGCACUCUUUUUGCACUAUUCCAACCCAACGUCACCAAGACUCGGGAGGUGGAAGAGUACCUCAGCGAGCUUUACUUCAACAACGCCUCUCCACAACAAAUCAAGCAACUCGUCGGCACCUACGGGCCCCGUCCUUCGGAAGGAUCACCAUUCCGUACCGCUGGCUUCAACGAAGUUCGGCCCCAUUUUAAGCAGUUGGCUGCUAUCCUGGGCGACACGGUCUUCACCCUCACCCGCCGGGCCGUUUUCAACCUCACCUCAACGAUCCAGCCCGAAGUCAACACCUGGAGUUACCUGGCGAGUUACGACUACGGCACUCCUGUCCUCGGAACGUUCCAUGGAUCGGACCUCUUGCAGGUAUUCUAUGGGAUCAAGCCAAACUACGCUGCUGCGGCGACGCGGGCGUACUACUUCAACUUUGCGUACAAUCAGGAUCCCAAUGACUCCUCUGGCGGCACGGGGACCGCGAAAGUGAAGUUGAUUGAUUGGCCCAAGUGGAGAGACGGUCAGAAAAUGCUGCACAUGAUGGCAAAAACUGCAGACUUGAUAGACGAUGACUUUCGAGAGGAUAGCUUCAACUUCUUGUUGAAUAAUGUGGAGAAGCUGCGUUUCUAG